UCUCUGCCGCCCCUCCUCCUCCGUUUCCCACCCCUCGGAGUGGAGCUGCACAUGCGGCGGCUCCCUGCCGCGUCCCGCCCAGCCUCCGUAGCGCAGGAACGGGUCCCUGCCACCCCCAGCCGAUGGCAGGACAGUAGCCGCCUGUCAGGGGUCGUGAACGGCUGAGGCAGACGCGGCGGCUCCCGGGCCUCAGAGAGUCGGUGUCUCCGGAGGCCAUGGGCUACCCCGAGGUAGAGCGAAGGGAAGCUCUGUCCGCGGCAGCGCCGCGGGAGCGGGGGAGCCAGGGCUGCGGCUGUCGCGGGGCCCCUGCCCGCGCGGGCGAAGCGAACAGCUGCCGGCUCUUCCUGGGUUUCUUUGGCCUCUCGCUGGCCCUCCACCUGCUGACGUUGUGCUGCUACCUAGAGUUGCGCUCUGAGUUGCGGCGGGAACGGGGAGCUGAGUCCCGCCUUGGCGGCCCCGGCACCCCUGGCACCGUGAGCAGCCCCGGUGGCCUCGACCCUGACGGUUCCAUCACCCGCCACAUCGGGCAGCCGUCACCUCAGCAGCAGCCGCUGGAGCCCGGAGAAACCACACUCCCUCCAGACUCCCGGGAGGGGCACCAGGUGAGUCACCUAGUAGGGGUGGCGGCGGCGGAGACCCCCUCCCCCCCGCCCCGCGCCCUGGAGAGACUCUGCCACCUCGAGCCAAGUUGGAGGGCAGGACCGGGGAGGGGGCAGGCGGGCGGGAGAGAGGUCGCCCCGGGGCAGGUUGUCCCCCCCACUGGCUCCGCUCACCCGGCACUCUCAGGACCCCUGGACGGGGGAACGCUGGCCUGGCCCCGGCGCCCCCGGCCGCUGGCUGCCUCGGGCAAAGUUGGCGGCGCUCCCGGCCGGCCAGGCAGGGGCGCGGAGGUGCCGGCGCUGCCCCGCUGGCGGACUAACGGCAGCGACUUGGCCCUUGUGCUCCUGGUGAGAUCCUCUGCCCGCGGUGCUUGUUUUUUCGUGUCCAGAGCUGAUGCCAGUACCAGCAAGCUCUCCUUUGGAGUUGGAGCUGUAAACAGCUGUAAUCACUGCUCCACGCCCGUUGAAACAACUUUUAAUCGUAUUUUCAGCGCGGGUCCUUGUGCGCUGACCAAAACGUGGGCUUGUUCACACUUAAACCUGCAAUUUGAGACUGGUUGUCCUCCGUGUUCUAGUGAGGAUCAGCGCCCCUGA